CGUCAACAAAACCAACUAAUUUAUUCAUUUCAUUUUCCCUUCAGGAAUCCAACAAUAGUUACAUCGAUCUCCUUCUAUCUUUAUCUGCCAGAAUUUGAUCGAAAUCUGUCAAGGUUGAUUUUGGGUUUCGGCGAAUUGAAGAAUGGACAUUGACCAAAUAUUCGGAGAGUCCAGGGCGGUAUGUCCUCCGACAAAGAGCGCGAUCUACGUGUGGGGCUACAACAGCUCCGGCCAGACGGGCCGGAAGGGAAAAGAUGCGAGCUUGCGGAUCCCAAGGUGCCUGCCUCCUGGCCUAUUCGGGUGCCCGGCUGCCGGAGGAAACUCACGGUGGCUGGACAUCGCUUGUGGCCGCGAGCACACGGCGGCCGUCGCCUCGGACGGCACUCUCUUUACGUGGGGAACUAAUGAAUUUGGACAGUUGGGCGAUGGAACUGAAAGUAGCAGGAAACACCCAGGCAAAGUGAAGCAAUUGCAAUCUGAAUUUGUGUUGUCUGUUUCAUGUGGAGCACACUGCACAGCUGCCAUUGCAGAGCCCCGUGAGAACGAUGGAUCGAAGUCAACUAGGAGACUCUGGGUUUGGGGACAAAACCAGGGCUCCAAUUACCCACGUCUGUUUUGGGGCGCCUUUGCUCCUGAUGUGAUUAUUCGUCAAGUUUCAUGUGGAGCUGUUCAUGUUGUGGUUCUAUCAGAGGAUGGUGUAAUGCAAGCAUGGGGCUAUAAUGAAUAUGGUCAGCUUGGCAGAGGUGUUACAAGCGAAGGCCUUCAAGGGCCUCGUGUGAUUAGUGGAUUUGCUAAAUUUCUCGAUGAAGCCCCUGAGAUUGUAAAGAUUACACAAGUGUCAUGCGGGGAGUACCACUCUGCAGCCAUAUCAGAAGAUGGCGAGGUCUACACCUGGGGACUAGGAAAUGUGGGCCAGCUAGGUCAUUGCUCCCUCCAAUCAGGUGAUAAGGAACUUCUACCUAGGCGGGUGGUUUCCCUUGAUGGUGUAUUCAUCAAGGACAUUUCAUGUGGUGGUGUCCACACAUGUGCUCUGACUACCAAAGGGGCUCUUUAUACCUGGGGUGGAGGUCAGGCUGGGCAGUUGGGCCUUGGGCCAGUCUCGGGCUUCUUCUCUUGCAAACUCGACGAGUCAGAAAUGAUGCUUAGGAAUAUACCCGCUCUGGUCAUCCCGUCUGGUGUGCAACUUGUUGCAUGUGGACAUUCUCACACAUUGAUUUUUACAAAGGAUGGAAGAAUUCAAGGAUGGGGCUACAAUAGCUACGGCCAAGCGGCUAAUGAUAAAUCUACAUAUGCUUGGUAUCCUUCUCCUGUUGAUUGGUGUGUAGGAGAAGUCAGGAAGCUGGCAGCUGGCGGGGGCCAUUCUGCAGUGCUGACAGAUGCGUGUUCAUUGAAGGAGUUGUGCGAGUUUCGCCUGGCUGAAAUUGUGAAUCUUGCCAAUGCUUAUGAAAUUGAGGAUGUUGCAUCAAGAACAGGGUGCGACUCGCUAGCUCGCCUUUGCAAAAGAUUAAGGGAGCAUAUGCUUGAUGGGGAUAGUGAUCAUUGCUUCGCCGAUGAAGAGCUUGAUCUGUGAAGCAGCCUGACCCACAAUGACACAAUGUAGAAUUAUUGUUUGUUGAAAAUUAUACGUACAGUUGAUUGUAUAUUUACAGCAUAUUCUCAUGGCAUGUUUCUUAGACAAAGAAAGUGAAGAACUUUGUGCUUUCAAAGCUAAAGACUUGAUUGGUUGUAAAUGUUGCAGGAUGAAUAAAGUUUGGUCUUUAAU